AACCUGCCCAGCUCGGUGAAAUGCCGAGUCACCACCCUCAAAAAGCUUCAGAAACGAUGCGGUAAGAUAGAAGCCAAAUUUGAUAAGGAAUUCCACGCUCUGGAAAAAAAGUACAGUGACAUCUACCAGCCCUUACUUGCAAAGAUCCAUGAGCUCACUGGCGAAAUGGAGGGAUGUGUGUGGACCUUAGAAGCUGAGGAGCCCGAGGAGGAGAAGGAUGAGGAGAAGGAGCAGGAGGAAGACGAGGAGUCGAACGAUGAGGAUCCCCACUCUGCGGUGUCCGAUGACGCCGAAAAUAAGAGGGGCAGAAAUCGAAAAGGAAAAAAAUAG